ACGUUGAUCUUAUCACGCUGUUUUCUCCUUAUCUUUCCUUAAAAAGGAAAAGAAAUAGCAGCAGAAGGAUCUUAUACAGCUCCCCCUCCCCCCACAUUUUAAUUUUCUUUCUUCUUAAUUAAAAAAAUUUGCCUUAUGUUGACAUGCUAUGAUCCAACUUAACGGAAGAUUUCAACAAGCAGAAAACUUUCGGUUGCGUUAUCGUCGCUGUACGCAAAACACUUUCCGUUGUGUUUUCUCCGGUUUUGCUGUUGAUCCGACAACCGUUGAAAUUUCUUGUCGUGUCUUGUUUUUAAACCUAUAGAUUUUCGUUAAACUGGCGUUAUAACAAACUGGAUAAGAACAUCAAGUCAAAUGUGGUGAGCAAAACAACUGAUAAAAACCCAACCUAGAAAAUCGUAAGCUUUGUCGUCAUUGUUUGCCCUUCGGUCAAGUCUACAGGUUUUAGUGAAUUUAUUAGUUGUUUUGUUGUUGUUGUUGUUGAUCCAGAAACCGCUGAAAUACUGUGUCGUAGAAAACAGCUUUCGUAACUAGCAUAAUAAUAUAAAACGAUGAUAAGAACAGGGACUCGAGGUUUUAUCGGUAAACCACCUGAUAAAAUUUCCGCCUUUAAGACCAGGGCUACAUUUCUCUGGUCUUUUGUCCACUGUGAAACAACGCCCUUCAAAUGUAAAUCUACUAGGUAACACAGAUUCUAACUAGAUCUUCCGAAAAACAAAGUGGGCAGGCUUGAAGUGAGCGACAGAGUACAACUCCGUUCUGUUCCGAUGAACAUGGCCCAGGGGAACCAACCCAACAACCGCCUGGGUGGUUUUGCAAACCGUACAUUUGUUUUGAUCAACGGAGAGUAUUGGGAUUGCAACGUAAAUAGGAGGCGUAUUCUAGGACAAGUUUGUCUAGACGAAUUCGCAGACAUUCUGCUCAAAUGGUUUCUAUUGGUAUUGCGACACCCACCUAUGUAUGACGAUAGAUACUCUCGUCAGCUUCUUGAAGAAAAGGGUUCACUGGAAGUUUUGAAAUUCGCUUAUGACUAUGCUGCUUCAGUUGACAAUGUGGAAGACACGACCCUAGAUUGGAAUUUCGCCGACUAUGUUGAUCAUUUAAGGAAACGGAGGAACCAAUUGACUCACGAUGUCCGUUCGUGGACGAUUGAAAGUUUUGAAGACUUCUUGAAGACAAUGAAAGAUGCGUCAAAUUAUUUGGUUCAACCCCCCGGUCGCUGUGACGCCGCUUUGACAGAACGUGUGAACACCUUCAUUUCAAAAUGUAAAAGGGAACUCGAUCACAUUGCGCAGUUUCGUAACUUGUAUUAGCUACGCACAACGAUGUGACUUGUAAUAGUUUUUUGUUGCUAUUUGGUAAUAGAACUGAAGAACCUCGUAAA